CGCCCGGCGGAGUGGGCGGAGCCUGCAGGCCGAGGAAAUGGGGUGCGCAGGGGAGGGAGAGAGGGAGCGAGGUCCCGCCUCCUGGCCGCGCCGAUUGAUCUCAGUGUCGGCAGGUUCAAUGCCGGAUAGGCCCGCCAGCCACGCCAAUCAUCGGGGGAAAAAGUUAAAGAUCUCCGCAGAUCAAAGGCGAGGAGAGGAGCAGGCGGCGCGGCGGCCAGGCCUGCUGCACCGUGACCGCAUGCUGAGUCCUGCGAACGGAGAGCAGAUACACGUUGUGAACUAUGUGGAAGACUAUCUGGAUUCAAUCGAGUCUUUGCCUUUUGAUCUCCAGAGGAACGUUUCUCUGAUGAGGGAAAUCGAUGCAAAAUACCAAGACAUCCUGAAAGAACUGGAUGAAUAUUACGAGAAACACAAGAGGGAGACAGACGUGGUUCAGAGGAGGCGGAUUCUCCAUUAUAUCCAGAGAGCCUUAAUCCGGAGCCAAGAGUUGGGCGAUGAGAAGAUCCAAAUUGUCAACCAGAUGGUGGAGCUGGUGGAGAACCGGAGUCGCCAGGUGGACAGCCAUGUUGAGCUCUUUGAAAACUGUCCGGAGAGCAAUGACGCCAACAACAAGUCCUCACUGGACAGGUCUAGGAAUGACGGUGCAACACCAGCAGAGAAACCCAAUGCCAAAAGGUCCAGGAGACGCAACAACGAGAACCGAGAGAAUGCAUCCAGCAACCAUGACCACGAGGAGGCAAGUACUGGAAUGCCAAAGGAAAAGAAGGCCAAGACUUCCAAGAAGAAGAAGAGAUCCAAAGCAAAGGCAGAGAGGGAGGCAUCUCCUGCAGACCUGCCCAUUGAUCCCAAUGAGCCCACUUACUGCCUGUGCAACCAGGUCUCCUAUGGGGAGAUGAUUGGCUGCGAUAAUGAGGAGUGCCCCAUCGAGUGGUUCCACUUCUCUUGUGUGAGUCUGAACCACAAGCCUAAGGGCAAAUGGUACUGUCCGAAAUGCAGGGGUGAGAAUGAAAAAACCAUGGACAAAGCACUGGAGAAAUCCAAAAAGGAAAGGGCUUACACUAGGUAGUUGCAGCACUAGCCUUUCGGUCUCUGUACAGCAACACAAAUUCAUGUAUAUUUAUUAUUGAGAGAUUUCCCUCUUUAGGUGAAAGGAUGGUGGGAGUGUAUUUGACAAAACUAUUCCUUCUGAAGACCAGUUAUUUUUUAUUUUUUUUUGCAAGUAGGAAGGAAGGAAUAAAGGAACCCUGGUUUUUAAGUCUUGUGUCCAGCACGUGGACUAUUUUUGUUCUGUUUAAAAAAAAAGACACUUUCCUCGCGGAAAUUCUAAAACCAUCAGUGUUUCAUUUGUUAUUAACAUUUCGUGCCCACCAUAACAAAAAAAAACAAAUUGGACAAAAUGGUUUUAUUAAAAUAUUUAUCAGAGAUAUUUUUUUUAAGUUUCUCAGAUGUAAAAAUGUACAGAUGUGAGCUUUCCAUGUAUAGUGUAUGAUUCAUCAGCAUAGGCCUUUAACCAUAUUGUAAGAAAUAAUUUUAUUGUUACUUGUUUAACAGAAAAGAAAAAAACUGUACA